AUGAAUACUCCAAUUAAAAGGCUGCUACCAAGUGGAGUGUGUGCACGAGAUCAAAAACUUCAAAUUGGUGAUCGACUUGUUUCAUGUAAUGGUCAGUCAUUGAAAGGAGUGACACAAAAUGAAUGUUUGAAUAUUUUAAAAUCAGCAGGAAAUGACCUCAAGUUAACUGUGCUAAGCUCGGAUAAUCUUGCGCAUUUAGGAAUGGAUUCUAACACAGACAGUGAUACUGAAUCAGUGAAUAAUAAUUUUUAUAAAAAUGGUUUUGAAGAUGUUCAACAUUCAGAGCAUGGUUUAUCUGCGUCCAAAACAAAUGCCAAUGUGUUAUUUGCCCAACAGAAUGUGAAAUUGGCUUAUACACCACCUUAUAUUCCUCAUCAAGUUCCUUCAGAUUCUGAAUCAAGUGUAGCUUCCACUCCGAGUAAAGAAACCCAAUCUGUGAUAAGUGAAGUGGAUCAACAUAUUUUAGAUCUAACUGGUCUAGAAACAUCACAACUUAACGGUAUGGAAUCCUCUGCUGAACAUAAUUUGAUGAGUGACAAUAACUCUCUUCUGGAAUCCAUUCCACCACCAGUGGAAUUUUCGGAUAAUCCAAUUUCGCCAGAAGAAAGUGAAACUAGCACUUUAACUGACCGAAGUGACACAAGUCUCCCUGUAACAAACUUAGAUGAUUUAUUAGGAAACAAUAGUACCGCCACAAAUAUGCCUAUUCGCACAACAAGUACACCGAUUCAUAAUGCUUCUUCAAUGAUUUUGAAUAGUUUUCCUGAACAUGAUGAACUUUUGACAGUGGUGAGCACUUCAAAUAAUGUGGUUCAAAGUGAUGCCAGUGAUAAAUUUAGGGAGAAAAUACCUUAUACUGAUAUUGAUAAUGUCCAAACUUCUUCAGCUCAAAAUUCUAAAACAUCUUCAAAUAACAUUUUAGAAUUUGAUACAAAAGUGUCGAAUGUGAUUGAAGGUGGACAGGCAACCACUUUAUUUGAUAUUGGUGUCAAAUCGGUUAGCGAUGCUGGACAUGUUUCUCAAACAUCAAACAUUGACGAUUUACUUUUUCUUGAUCAAACAAACAUACAACAGUCAAGUUCAAAUUCCAGUGUUGAAAUUAAUAAUGAGGCUGUAAGUCAGGAGCAAAAUGUAUCACCACAAGUCAAUGUGUUAAAUAGUGAACAAACAAACGAGAAAACAUCAAAAAGUACGGAUAAUGUUACAACUGUUCAAGUUGGACUUAUCUCCCUUGAUCCAAAUGGUGUCGUUGAUGAAGGGUUAGUGACUAAAGUCCCAAUUAUCGACCUUGAUAACCCUAAACACGGCCCCCAAAUAGAAAAUCAGGUGACUCAAGUUGUUGUGAAUGAAAGACCAAAAAUAACAAAAGUUGAUGUCGGCUAUGACAAAUCAAAUUCAUCUCAUAGACAUGAAAAUGAGCCUCAAAUUCCUGGAGCUACUGUUUUUAGUGUUGAUGAUGAUGUUAAGGAAUCUAAUACCGCCAGGAUAACUAUUGAUAACCCCACCCCACCUGUUCCUACCCCUAGAUUGUCACCUCAAGUAGUUCCCAGAAAACAUCUUACUAGAUCAGAGGGCAGUGAUUCACAUGAAAAACAGAGAGUUCCAUCCUCACCUACACCCUUGCCGAGAAAAACACAUGCACACAGUGUGGUACAGACACAUUUUCAAGAAUCACACCAAGAGCCAUCUUUGACUUUAAAUACUGCCAAAUUAGUUGAAGCUGCCAAACCCAGUGCUACCAUAGUGGUCUGUAAUUCUGACCAAGACAUCACGAAAUCUGGUAAUAAUAUUGAGACAGACGUCAACCAAUCUGUGAAAACUAUCACAGAAUCAAAACCAACUUUGAUUCAUGAUUCAGAAAAGGACCAAGUUGAAUCAUCUAAAAGUAUAAUAGACACUUCUCAAAAAUCUCAAAACUCUACAAUAACUGUCAAAACUCCUCGUCUGAAAUCUUCGAAAGAAGAAAGAAGUGAUAGAAGUGGCAAGGUAAUGGUGACUACAUGUCAGACAUCUGAUAUCAGAUUAUUCAGGCCUGUUGAAGAAGAAGAAAGUAUUCAACCAAUGACUUUUGUUCAAGAUGAAUUGGGAAAUCGUAACUGUGUGCCUACUCCGCCCAACACUCCUAAACGCCAACCAAAAAAGAAGGAUGAGGGUGCGAAGAAGGAAUUGACAGAUAUACUGAUGAAUCUUGUAAACUUGGAAUCUACUUCAGACAAUGAUGGUCAACCUGAAUCCACUGUCAUUGAAGAAGGGUUAAUUGAACCACAGAAAGUUUCCAGACAAACAAUGGAGACAGUUCUGGGAGCUUUUUCAGGUUUGAUUCCGAGCUUGGACAAACCUCAAAAGAAGUCAAUUUUCCAGAAAGCUGUAUCAGAGGUGAUAGAUGACAUAGAUGAUGACAAUAACAAUGUUCCAAAAGAUCAAAGGAGAAAAUCAGACAGUUAUGAUACAGAUGAGACAGACAGCCUGGCUAAAACUAAGAAAGCAUCUGAAAACUCAAAACCUGUGAAAGAAAUACCAUCUGUUCUUCACUCUGGUUUUGCUUCAAUUUCUGAAGCACUUCAAUCAAAAUCAAACGAUUCUGCAACAUAUAGUGAAAAUCUCAAAGAAAAGGAUCGAAGUAUGUCAAAUAAACCCAAUGCUUUUAAAUUGUCUGACUCCUCUAGUGUCAGUGUAUCUCAAAAUGUCAGAGAAAAACCAAAAGAUAUUGAAUCUAGAAAUAAACCUAAAGAAUCAACACAAAAAAAUCGACAACAAGAUACUGCUCCAAAUUCUGAAAAAGCUGUUCCAAAACCAAGUUUGAUUUCUGCCACAGCUCCAAAGAAAAUUUCACCGACACCACACAUCACCACUAUCAGAACUCAACCAUUUUCAUCUUUUAAGUCUGGUUUAACGUCAUUCUCUACAAAUAAAGCCAGUAAAGCUGAUUAUCCUAAAAGACGUUGUGAAGACCAACCAUUUCAAGUUGAUGUAUUGAAGGGUAUUGCUGGUUUAGGUAUUAAGUUGGCUGUAGGAAAUGACGGAUUGGUUAAAGUAACAAACAUACAAACCAGUGGACCAGUUGCUAAGAAUGGACAAGUCAAGUAA